AUGGCCCUGGUUUUGGCUGCACAGGAACUCGGCUACCUCGUUCUAGAUCGCCAGUCUAAUUCGCUUACCAUCCGCAAUCACCCCAAUGGUCCCAACGAACCAUCUGUGGACGAAACAUACGAGGUUAUGGAUGUGAUUGAAUUCUCCAGUGCACGCAAGCGCAUGUCGGUUGUUGUUCGCAUGCCCGACCAGCGCAUCUGCGUCUUCUGCAAGGGUGCCGAUACCACACUCAUGCGACUGCUCAAGAAGGCCGAUCUGGCGCAAGAGAAGGCGACUGAGAUCGAACACCGCGUCAUGAAGCGCAAGGCUGCCGAGGCGAACCAGAUCAUCCGCCGCAAUAGCGAGUACCAAAGUCGCAAGGAUAGCGGCGUCCGGAACAGUUUUGCGAGUCGACCUAGCUUUGCUCGUCGCCGGUCUUCGGUCUCGGGAAAUCAUACCUCGACCCUGCGUCAAAGUAUUGAUGUUUGGCUUCGUGAUCGUGAGACGGAGGGUGGUAUUCUCAACCGUGACGAUCCUGAGUAUUACAGUCCUCGUCCUUCGGCGCAGAUGGGUAGAUUCUCGACUGCGAUUUCGGAUUCUGGAAGCGAGACCAAUGGAGAAGAAGAUGAGGAUUUGGUCGAGGAGGCUCUUGUUGUGAAUGAGGCUGCCAUCUUUGAGAGAUGCUUCCAGCACUUGAAUGACUUUGCGACGGAGGGGCUGCGGACCCUGCUUUAUGGCCACCGAUUUCUCGACGAGUCGAGCUACCAAAAUUGGAAGACCGCCUACCAUGAGGCGAGCACCAGCAUCGUUGAUCGUCAGGAGAAGAUUGAGGAGGUUGGUGAGCAGAUUGAACAGGGGCUGGAGUUGACUGGCGCAACUGCCAUCGAAGACAAGCUGCAGAAAGGCGUCCCCGAAGCGAUCGAUAAGCUGCGUCGUGCUAAUAUCAAGAUGUGGAUGUUGACCGGUGACAAGCGGGAGACUGCCAUCAAUGUCGGUCACUCUUGCCGCUUGGUCAAAGACUACUCGACUUUGACUAUCCUCGACGAUGAGAAUGGUGAUGUCGACCAAACUAUCACCCGCCUUACUCAAAAUCUCAACCGCAGCAAGGUCGCUCACUCUGUCGUUGUUGUCGAUGGACAGACGCUGUCGACCAUUGAGGCUGACGAAACCAUGCGUGAGCGUUUCUUCGAUCUUGCCAUCAAGGUCGACUCGGUUAUUUGCUGUCGCGCCAGCCCGAAGCAGAAGGCGUUCCUGGUCAAGUCGAUUCGCAUGCAAGUCAAGGAUUCCAUCACUCUUGCGAUCGGCGAUGGUGCCAAUGAUAUCGCUAUGAUCCAGGAGGCGCACGUCGGUAUCGGCAUCACUGGUAAAGAAGGUCUCCAGGCUGCGCGUAUCUCGGACUACUCUAUCGCGCAGUUCCGCUUCCUCUUGAAACUUCUUCUCGUUCAUGGCCGCUGGAACUACAUGCGCGCCUGCAAGUAUACGCUCGGCACUUUUUGGAAGGAAAUGCUCUUCUACCUGACGCAAGCCCUGUACCAGCGAUGGAAUGGAUACACUGGAACCAGUCUGUACGAGUCGUGGAGUCUGAGUAUGUUCAAUACUCUCUUCACCUCUCUCUGUGUCAUUUUCCUGGGAAUCUUUACCAAAGACCUCGCGGCCUCGACCCUCCUCGCUGUGCCAGAGCUCUACACCAAGGGCCAGCAAAAUGGCGGCUUUAACAUCCGCCUCUGGCUAGGCUGGACAUUUAUGGCUACCUGCGAAGCAAUGAUCAUCUUCUUCUGCAUGUACGGACUCUUCGGCAUGGUCCAAAUCAACCCCAGCGACGUCGACACCUUCGCCCUGGGUCUUCUCACCUUCUCCGCCUGCGUCGUCGUCAUCAACUUCAAGCUCCAACUCCUCGAAGUUCACAAUAAGACCUACCUAUCCAUAAUCAUAAUCGUUAUUUCCGUCGGUGGCUGGUUCCUGUGGAAUCUUAUCCUGUCGGAACGCUACAAACUCGAAUCCGGAAAGGGCGUCUACGAUGUACCCGAUAACUUCAUCCACCACGUCGGCCACAACCUGCUCUUCUGGACCGUUCUCCUGAUCACCGUCGCCUCAGUUCUACUCUUCGAGUUGACUGUCUCCACCCUCCGCGCCUUCUUCUUCCCCACGGACGUCGACAUCUUCCAAGAAUACGAACAAGACCUCGACAUCCGGAAACGCUUCGAAGAAGCCGCCUCCUCAGAACUCCAACAAGGCUGGGACCGCGGGACAAAACGAUCCUCUUUCGAAAUCGCCCGCGAGAACGAAGAAAUGGACGCGAGAGAACGACAUGUUCAAGAACUCCUCUCUCGUCCCCGCGUGAUGACCGGCCCCUCAUCCUCGCCUGCACAAAAACCCGCUGCGCAGGAAAUCGAGGUCGAGGGCGAAGGGGGUAGUUAUUCCGAUCUGUCCGAGUCUCGUGUUGACAGUGAGCGGGAACUUGAUGCUGAUCUUGAGCGCGCUCGUCAGGUUGCUGGGCAGGUUGUACAGGCUGUUCCUGCGCCACCACCUGCUGUCACUACGAGUAGUGGUAAUCCCGCUGUACCGUCCGCGCCGACGCCGGACACGGAGACGGAGGGUUCCUGUGCGCCUCGACGCUCUGUUGAGAUUCAAGAGCUCUUUAGUCAGGGCUUUGGAACUAUUCGGAAGGGUCAGUUGAAGUGA